AUGUACCGGACAAACAUGUCACGGGAACCAAAUCAGAGCCACAGCAGCCACAGCAGCUGCAGCAAGCCCCCAACACAGCAGAAGUGGCAGAGGUCAACCAAGCAGAGGCACCAACAGGUGGGACGACAGCUGGCACAGCAGAGCCACAAACAUCCCUGCCGUCGGAUGCAGCGGACAAAAAGGCCGGGAGACACGUCAGAGGCACAGGAGCCACAGCAAGCCCCCGGCACAGCAGAAGUAGGAGAGAUUGGCCAAGCAGAGGCACCAACGAGUGAGACGACAGCUGUCUCUGUAGGCGCAGACCCCAAAGAAUCCGGAGCUGCUACAGCGGAGGCACAACCAUCCCUACCCUCAGAUUCUCCGGACAAACAGGUCACGGGAACCAGAUCAGAGGCACAGGAGCCACAGCAAGCCCCCGGCACAGCAGAAGUAGGAGAGAUUGGCCAAGCAGAGGCACCAACGAGUGAGACGACAGCUGUCUCUGUAGGCGCAGACCCCAAAGAAUCCGGAGCUGCUACAGCGGAGGCACAACCAUCCCUACCCUCAGAUGUACCGGACAAACAGGUCACGGGAACCAAAUUAGAGGCACAGGAGCCACAGCAAGCCCCCAACACAGCGGAAGUAGGAGAGAUUAGCCAAGCAGAGGCACCAACGAGUGAGACGACAGCUGUCUCUGUAGGCGCAAACGCCAAAGAAUCCACAGCUGCUACAGCGGAUGCACAACCAUCCCUACCCUCAGCUGCACCGGACAACCAGGCCGGAGGCAAGUCAGAGCCGCAGCAGCCACAGCAAGGUGCCCGGGAGAGCUCAGCCAACCAACGAAUGACAGGGGCAGAGUCUUCAGGCAUCGCCCGCGAAUCCGGAGCCGGAGGGCCACAGCCAUCCAUGGCCUCGGACCAGGAGUUGCAGGGCGCCAAGUCACAGCCGCAAGCCCCCACAGAAGUGGGAAGGAUCCGGCAAGAGGCACGGGCCUUCCGGCCCUCUCAGGACAUCGGGUUGCUGCGUGUCCGCCUGCAGGAGGCGGAGCGGUCCGCCGCGUCCGCGAGCGCUGCCUUGCAGAAGGAGCAAGAGGCCACGGGCUCGGCUCAAGCAGCGGAGGCUGAGCUGCGCAUGCAGCUGGCGGAGGCGCUGAUGGAGCGGGACCAGCUGGGCACCGAGCUGGGCACUGAGCAGCUGCUGCGGAAGCGGGCGCUGCAGGAGUUGGAGAACAAGAAGACGGCGCCGCUACCAGAGGUUUAUGGGCAGGUGCGGCAGUUGCAGAGCGAGCUGAGCAGCUCCGAGCUGGCUCUGCGGGGCAUGCAGCGCCGGAAGGUCCGGGAGGCGGAGGUGCUCCCCUCAGAGAAGGCCGACAAAGAGUCGCGCCUGCUGCGCACCGAGUACAAGGCGGAGAUGGCCGCGGCCAAGCGCUACCGCGCCGCCGCGCGCCAGACGCCUCCGGCCCCGCCGGAGCCCACGGGUCUACAGCGGGCCGAGGCGGCGGCGGCGCGGGGCAUGCGCCGCCUAGAGAUGAACCAGGCGGAUGCCAGCACCUUGCCUAGGAGGUUCAGACGUUGA